AUGGCAAAAGUUGACAAUGAGAUUAAAGGACGCCUGGCCCUCAUAACAGGAGCCUCUGGCGGUAUUGGCGCCGCAUGCGCUCGCGACCUCUGGACCCAAGGCGCAUCACUGGCCCUGACAUGCUUCAAGAACCGCGCGUCGGUAGACUCGCUCGUGUCAGAACUGACCUCCAGUGGAAAGGGUGCAAGUGACGACGAUAGCCGCGAAAUCUCAGUGCAUAUCGUGGACACGGGUUCAGCGCAGGACAUCGAACGGCUGUUUGAAGAGCUCAAACACUCGCAUAAACAAAGCGGCCCGGACAUCCUAGUCUCUAACGCAGGCUACGGGAAGCGGAUCCCCAACAUCCUCGACAUCGAGCUGGAUGAGUUCGAUUACACGCUCAACAUCAACCUGCGCGCUUCGUUCCUGCUCACGAAACUGAGCAUCCCGCAUAUGGAGGCUCAGCAUUGGGGGAGGGUGAUUUUCAUCAGUUCCAUUGCGGCCAUUGGAGGGGGUAUCAAUGGGUGUCAUUAUGCGGCGAGCAAGGCUGGGCUUACGGGCAUGAUGCGGAAUUUGGCUGCGAAGCAGGCCGGGUCGGGAAUCACCGUGAAUGAUAUCGCGCCGGCUAUGAUUGGGGAGACGGGCAUGAUUCCUGACGAGAGAGCGGUCCGGGGCACGCCGGGCGAUGUGAACAACAUCCCGGUGGGCAGGCUAGGGACGCCGCAAGAGUGCGCCAAUGUGGUGACGAUGCUGUGUAAGACGGGAUACAUGACUGGACAGAGUAUCUUGCUGAGUGGCGGCUUGAAAUAA